GGGAGCUGCGUCACACGGGGGCACUCUGGGACUUGUAGUUCCUGAGAUGGAACGUCCUGCGCCAGUCGCCGUGCCUCUGGGUCAGCUCAUUUAUUGUGACGGGAUCUCCAGUGAAUGCCAUCUGGCUGUUGGGGAAACUGGUACAAGAGGUUUGGUGCUUGCUCUGCACUUCCUAGGCCGAGGUGUUUCAGGCCCUGCAGCGGCUGCACAUGACCGUCUUCUCCCAGAGUGUCUCACCCUGUGGGAAGUUUCUGGCAGCUGGCAACAACUAUGGGCAGAUUGCCAUCUUCAGCUUGUCUGCUGCUUUGAGUUCAGAGGCCAAAGAAGAAAGCAAGAAGCCUGUGGUGACCUUCCAAGCCCAUGAUGGGCCUGUCUACAGCAUGGUCUCCACGGAUCGACACCUGCUCAGUGCAGGGGAUGGAGAGGUGAAGGCCUGGCUUUGGGCAGAGAUCCUCAAGAAGGGCUGUAAGGAAAUGUGGCGUCGUCAGCCCCCAUACAGGACCAGCUUGGAGGUGCCUGAGAUCAACGCCUUGCUGCUCGUUCCCAAGGAAAAUUCCCUCAUCCUGGCUGGGGGAGACUGUCAGCUGCACACUAUGGACCUAGAAACUGGGACCUUCACGCGGGCUCUCCGGGGUCACACAGACUACAUCCAUUGCCUGGCACUUCGAGAACGGAGUCCUGAGGUGCUGUCAGGCGGUGAAGAUGGGGCUGUGCGGCUGUGGGACCUCCGCACAGCCAAGGAGGCACAGACAAUUGAGGUUUAUAAGCAUGAGGAGUGCUCCAGACCGCACAAUGGGCGCUGGAUUGGAUGCUUGGCAACUGAUUCAGACUGGAUGGUCUGUGGAGGGGGCCCAGCCCUCACCCUCUGGCACCUUCGAUCCUCCACACCCACUACCAUCUUCCCCAUUCGAGCACCACAGAAGCAUGUCACCUUCUACCAGGACUUGAUCCUGUCGGCUGGCCAGGGCCAUUGCAUCAACCACUGGCAGCUGAGUGGGGAGCUCAAGGCCCAGGUGCCUGGCUCCUCCCCAGGGCUGCUCAGCCUCAGCCUCAACCAGCAACCAGCAGCACCCGAGUGCAAGGUCCUGACUGCUGCAGGCAACAGCUGUCGUGUGGAUGUCUUCACCAACCUGGGCUACCGUGCCUUCUCCCUGUCCUUCUGACACCUGGCCAGCGCCCCAUCCAACACCUGACCAACCCCUAAACCCCAUUUAGAGUGUCUUUUAUUCUUAUUUUUUUUACAAUAAAGUUUCAAGCGUU